UAUUUUGCAUUAUCAUCAUUAUUAAACAAAAUAAUAUUUUCUGUCUCCUGGUCGCUGCUUGGCUGAUUUUGGAGUCCUGGAUGGCUGGACAUUUGAAAAAGUUGUGACUGUUAUUUUAUAAAAAUAAAAUCAUAAUAUUUAAGUAGUACAGAUUACAGAAUUAUUUUCAAUUUUUAAAGACUGAAGAAAUAUGGAAGUUGAUGAUGAGUAUGUUGAAGCUCCAUCAUCGAGCACCAGUAGUCGCAGAGAAAAAAAAAAAUUUGAAGUAAAGAAGUGGAAUGCUGUGGCUUUAUGGGCUUGGGACAUUGUUGUAGACAAUUGUGCCAUUUGUCGUAAUCAUAUCAUGGAUUUUUGUAUUGAAUGUCAAGCUAACCAAACAUCAGCUACUAGUGAAGAAUGUACUGUUGCAUGGGGUGUGUGUAAUCAUGCUUUUCAUUUUCACUGCAUAUCUCGUUGGUUAAAAACUCGUCAAGUAUGCCCACUUGAUAAUAGAGAAUGGGAAUUCCAGAAGUACGGUCAUUAAUAGAAAUAAAUUUGAAAUACAAAUUGAAUUUACAUUUUUUCAUUCCUCAUAUGCAUAAUAAAAAUUAAAGUAUUAUAUAAAUCUCCCUAAAGUUAAUAUUUAUAGAAAAAAUAAUUAAAUUACCAAUCACUGAAUUUCCUUCAUAGUUUUCAUAUCAAACUUUUUACUAUCUUGUACAAUAUUAAAUUUAAUAUAUUAUUCAAUAAUAAAAUUUGUGUACUAUUCAGAUAAAAA